AUGUGCUUUGGAAGUCGGGACAAGGGCGAUCGCGGUCUCGCGCGAUCUCGUGAUAUCGACAAGCAGCUUCGCCAGGAUGAGAAGAGGCUGUCCAAGGAGGUCAAGCUUCUCUUGCUAGGUGCUGGAGAAUCUGGAAAGUCAACUGUACUCAAGCAGAUGAAGCUUAUUUACUCUCAAGGCUUCAGCAAAAAUGAAAAGCUGGAAUGGAAGCCCGUCAUCUUUAGCAACAUUGUUCAGUCUUUCAAAGUUAUUGCCGAGGCAAUGAAUGAGCACGAUCUCCAAUUCGACAACCCCGACAACGAGAUGCUGCAGAAACAUAUGGCCCACAUCCUUGUCGAUCACGAAAUUAGCCCUCACGACCCUAUGCCGGCUGACUAUCUCGAGCCCAUCAAAGCCCUGUGGGUAGACAAUGGCGUUCGAGCGGCCAUUGGGAUGGGUAACGAAUAUGCGUUACACGACAACCUGACCUACUUCAUCGAAGACAUCGAUAGACUUUGGGGAGAGGAUUAUGUCCCGGAUGACCAGGAUCUUCUUCGAUCGCGAUUGCGAACUACUGGUAUCACAGAGACCAUCUUCGACCUCGGCCAACUAACCUACCGAAUGUUUGAUGUUGGUGGCCAGCGUUCAGAACGAAAGAAGUGGAUUCACUGCUUUGAGAAUGUCAACUGCCUAUUGUUCUUGGUCGCAAUUAGUGGUUAUGACCAGUGCUUGGUUGAGGACAAGGAUGGGAACCAAAUGAACGAGGCGCUCAUGCUUUGGGAGUCGAUUGCCAACUCGCAUUGGUUUGCCAGAUCAGCACUGAUCCUGUUCCUGAAUAAGAUGGAUCUGUUCAAGGAGAAGCUCCCCAAGAGCCCUAUCACGAACCACGGGUUCACCGAUUACCACGGACCCAAGGACGACUACAAGGCGGCGAGCAAGUACUUCCUAGACAAAUUCAAGGCUCUAAACCGAAACACCGAGAAGGAGAUUUAUGGCCAUUUCACCAAUGCUACCGAUACGAACCUGCUCAAAAUCACAAUGGCCUCAGUCCAAGACAUGAUCAUCCAACGCAACCUCAAGCAGCUCAUUCUCUAA